AUCUUCCUAGGAAGCCAAAAUAGUUGGUCUUCCCCUAACAAAAAAAAACUCUUUCAUAUUGGAUCAAAAAAACAAAAAGCAAAUCUAGGCCUAUGCUAACAUUUCUUUCACCAUUCUUUCUUCACUUUCCUUAACACAUCUUCUUUCACCCCCUUCUUCUCUCUAGCUAGUUCUCCAAUAUCCUUUUUAAGCUUUUAUUUGCACUUUUUUUUUUUUUUGCAGUUUCUAAUUAAAGACAUCAUCCAUGUCCAAUGAUCAUCAAAACAACCCUUUUUACCAUGAUUACAUGGGUGGUGGUGGAAGUAGUGGUUUUACUAAUCCCAUGAGUAUGUACAGCCAAUCAUCAUCAUCAUCAUCUUAUAAUCAUUUUUCUUACAUGAGCUUCACUGAUUGUUUACAAGGAUCAGCAUCAGAUUACAACUAUUUAUCCGGCGCUUUUGACAAUUACCGGAACUCUUCACCCCAAUUUGCUCCUCCUACUCAUCAUCAUCAUCAUGUGGAUAAUUCAUCAUCGGAGAAUCAAAACAUGGGGGCAACUACUAACACUACUAAUACAAGUGUUGAAAAUCCCAACUCAUCAUUGUCAUGUUCAUCAAAUGAGGACGGAGGAGGUGGAGGAGGUGGUGGUGAUGGUGGUGGAGAAGAAGAAGAGUCUUCAAAAAGCAACAUGGAGAUGAGGACAAAAGGGAGUCAUGAAGAUGGGGAUGACAAGUCAAAGAAAUUGAACAAACAGAAGAAGAAAGGGGAGAAAAAGCCAAGAGAACCAAGAUUUGCCUUCAUGACAAAGAGUGAAAUUGAUCAUCUUGAAGAUGGAUAUAGAUGGAGAAAAUAUGGACAGAAAGCAGUCAAGAACAGCCCUUUCCCACGGAGUUACUACAGAUGCACGAGUCAGAAAUGCAGCGUGAAGAAACGUGUGGAGAGAUCAUAUCAAGAUCCAUCAAUCGUGAUCACGACUUAUGAAGGCCAACACAACCAUCACUGUCCCGCAACACUUAGAGGAAAUGCGGCUGCGCUCUUGUCUUCUUCCUUCUUUUCUUCAUCAUCAAACUCAUCAUCAUCACCACCACUUCUCUUCCCUACUUCAGACUUUCUGAUGAUGAAUCAAAUGCUCCCGGCGCCGCCGGCCACAUCAUCAUCAGCCACCAGAAAUGAUACUAAUAUUUAUCCUUACAAUAAUCCCUAUUAUCCAAACUUCAUGUCUCAUCAGCAACAACAAUUCCAGCUUCCUCAAGAUAACUAUAACUUCUUCCCACCUGAUCAAAUGAAUUCUUCUUCUUUGUUCAUGCCAAAACCCGAACCCUGAAAACCACAAGAAAUUGACUUUCUCUAUAAAAUGCAACAUAUAUAGUUUGGAAAUGAAGGGAUCUUCGUGGAUUCCUUUUAUGCGUAUAAGAUGGAGAACGGGGGAAAUUUAGGAAAAGCCAUCCAGCCAGUCAGCCAGCCAACAUGAAGAGAGAGAUAAGAUUCUACCUAAUUAGAAUUUGAUGUGUUCAAUGAUUCAUAAUUUAUGAUUUUCUUGAAUUCCGAUGACGUACGAGCGAGUGUUUUCGUGAUUCCUAAGCUGCAGAGAUGAUUGUUUAAUUACAUAUUUAAUCAUGGAUUCUUGAUUGAAUUUUGUACAGAUUAGAUUAUUAGGUAGUGUAGUCCAUUGGUCUUAAUUAUUAUGAUAUAAUCAAUAAAACGGCUAUUAUAAGUUUAUAAUUAUUAUAGUUAUGUAGAUAACAAUGUAGUAUGUUUUCAUUCUUCUGUUGUCUAAUAAUGCAAGUGGCAUUUGGUUGGUUAUUAGCACAUGGAUUCUAGUACUUGUUCUUCAGCCUUUUGCGAAAUUAAUGCGUUGAUUUGGCUAGGAAUAGCAAUUUCUCACAGUGAUUUGUACUUAACCCCCUCCUAAAAUAUUUAAAUGUCAUCUUUAUACAUUUUGGAAGAGAGGGAAAGAGUAUACUGUAAGAGUUUGUAUUUUAUCAUAAUUUUGUGACUAUGUAAAUUGAAAUUCUUGAGCUAUAAAUGCCAUGUCUAUAUUGUAUAAGGAAUAUCAGUGACGAAGGUCAUGGGGAUGAUGUGUUUUGAGGAUUACAAGUUAGCUAGAUUGGCCUUCAAGAGUAGCUCAUUUCAAUUUUCAUGUAUGCAUAAGAUCUCUUCUUGUCCUAGAUUUUCUAUGACAUUGUGUUUCACCAGUCAUCAACGGUGUUAUUUAUUUUAUGAUUUGGUAUAAUUGAUACAUAAUAAGCGAGAUAAGAGUAAAUUAUCCUAAUUACAUCUUAAUAAAAAUCCCUGUAUUUGUUACUCGAACAUCUCAUGGGAUGAGCAGAGAUCACAUACAUAUAAAAAUGAAAGAAUGAGGGCUACUUCGAAGUUUGAUGAUAUGAUCUCUCAGAAUCAUAUAAUCGAG